UUUUUAAUAAUAAUUCUGAAAAGCAAAUGUCUCAGACCUAUUUUAUGGCUCAAAAAAUGAAAGCUGCUAAAUCAGCAUCGCUUAUUGGAAAAAUGUUGGGUAGAAAUGGAAGACCACUCUUAGCUAGUGAUGAAGAGGAUGAAUGCCCCAUAAAAACAAAGUUAAAGGAGCUCACCAAAGUGUGAAUGAAGAAAUAUGAACAUCAUUUUUUUAAACAUUAUUCAUGAAGGAGAAGCACUAAAUCUGGCUUAGUAAAAUAUGAGAAAACUAACUUAGCCUCAAUGGUAACUAGAGCAAUCAAUGAAGUAACCUACCUCAGAUAUUUACAAAUGAGAGAGCAAUAUAAGGAUUCCGUCAGAUCUAUGAUGGUAGCAUCAACUCCUAUUCUUGGAGUCACGAAUUAUAUCGGUCAGAAAACUAUGGUAGAAACAGGAUAUAAAACUUCUGGAAUGUAUGUGUUAAAUUCUGAUAUCGACAGAAAUAUAUUUUGCGAUCGGGCUAUAAAGACCCCAUUCCUCCACAAAACAAGUGCUAUUGACAGAGUUCUAGAUUGUGAUUUCAUUGACACAGAGAACACAGACUAUACCUACAUCCGGGAUGAAGAAAGCAUAUCAGAUUGCUCAAACAUGCCUUCAAUCGGCCUAGAUUCCUCAGAAGAACCAGAAAUAAACAUGACCACUUCCCUAACUUUCAACGGGAAAGAUAUUUCAAUCUACCAGACAGAAUACCUCUACGACAGUAUAACCGCUCCAGAAUCCACCUAAACAACAAUAAUCACCCUUAAUUCUAAAUUUUCAACCAUUAAA